AUGGUAUUAUUCAUUCCAAAUCGGACGGACGAGUUUCCGGCGAUUACAUUUGGCGAGACGACGACGCGUCAUCCUAGAUCUCUCGCCUACGAUGCAACACCACUCGAAAUGCUUCCCGAUAGCCCUUCCCCACGUGCCGCACUCGCCCUCUCAGACCUUCAGCCUCAGACUGGCGCCUCCACGUUCGCUGUUGGUACUGGAUCUGGGAAUUGGUCAACACACGGCGUUGGCGGUGUGGGCGGAGACUCGUUCAUGGAUAAGAAUAGCAACGGUGGAGGAUUGUUCGGACCGCCCAUUCGACUCGUUCUUCAACAAUCAAGGCCCUUGUGGCUGUGCCUCGUCGUCGAGUUCUGGUGGUGGACUAUUCUCACGAAAAUGAACUUCAGGCUUCGUACUUCCGCGCUCGUCGUUCUUGUAAUUACUCUUCUUCAUUCUUCUUCUGUUCGUGGCGACGUUAAUUUGCCCGAGUGCCAUGAUAUCCCAAAAGUGCUGUGUUGUACCGAACGUGUGAUAGAAAAAUGCUUAACUGGUUGUAUUGACUAUGUGACGGAGAAAUGCCCGCAAAAACUCGAAAAAUAUGAUAAAAUUGAGGAAAAGAAGCCGGUUGCAGAUAAUAAGGUUGAAAGCGCCCAGCUCACUCGAGGUGCACGACCCGUCCUGCUGCCAAAGGUCAGCGCCACUCGUCCUCCCACCGCUGACGAGAUAUGGACGGACACGUCGGAUCGGCGACGAGCACCCGCUGGUGGUGAUCGAAAACUCCUCAAUCAAGAGUAUCCGAUCACUGAAGUUACCGACGCCGACCUCACUGCGGAAUGUGGCACCGAAAAAUCCAGACCACCGUAUUCACCUUGUCUUGCUCGUAAAACAGUGGACGAUGUGUUCAAAACGUGCUGCCAGCAACAUGUCCCAUCCAGCUGCCAUUCAUUGUGCACUUACGAACAUCGUGAACAUGUUGCUGCUGAGAUGUUGAUCUCGGCAGUACAACAAGAUGGAUGCGAUCUUAAGUAUCUGUCGUCCAUUCUCUACUGUGCUCAUCAAAAUCGUGACAACCGUAAGUGCUGCGAGUUUCUCGGCAUGUCCAACUCCGAACUAGGAGUUGGUGAUCGGUGCCUUCGUAUGUGCAAUGUUGCUCCAUCUGGUGAUCGUAUCAAUUCCGUGGAGAAAUCAGAUCUGGUCUGUCUGUCCAAUUGGAACGUCAUGAUGUACUGCGCUCGUUCCGGGCUGCGUACUUUCAACUGA